AUGGAGGCAAGACCCACGUCCAGCUCGAGGGGCUCGGAGGACAAGAGCCGAGGGGACAGAGAGCGAGACAGCAACCGGAGGGACAGGGACCGACGCGACGAUGACGACCGCAGCCACAGGAAGAGCAAGCGAUCGCGAGAUGAAGACGACCACAAGAAGAGCGUGGACAGGAGUCGGCGCUCGUCUUCCUCGUCCUCCAAACGACAGCCGCCGGUCACGCUCGCCUUCCUCCUCCGACUCCGACUCAUCUUCGUCGUCGUCGUCGUCGAUCGCAAGCGCCGCCGACACAGGCGCAGGCGAUCCUCUUCCUCGCCUGACUCUUCUUCCGACUCAUCGUCUUCUUCGUCGGACGAGGGCUCGCGCAAGCGGAAGCGCCGCAGCAGCGGAAGCAGCAGCAAGAGGGACCAGAGCGAUGACGACGAAGAGAGGAAGGAGCGCAGGAAGCGGCGGCGCGAGAAGAAGGAGAAGCGUCGCGAGAAGCGGCGAAAGGAGAAGAAGGACAAGAAGAAGGACCGCAAGAAGAAGGAGGACAAGAAGCGGGAGAAGGAGGGCAAGAAGGGCGCCUGCAAGCAGUGGGGCUUCUACGGCGUCGUGCGCGAGGCCGACAUGUUCUUCAAGGAUCCCGAGUUCUCGUGCUACCUGCGCGAGGUGAAGAAGAUCGAACCCGAAGUCCUGAGCAACUUUGACAGGAAGAAGUACUGGAAGGACUACAUGGAAGAUUUCAACACGUGCACGAUGCCCUCCAAGAAGUUCUACGACCUUGCCCAGUGGGAAGCACGCCAAGCCAUCAAGCGCCAGCGCAAGGGUCUCGGCGCCGCGCAGGAGCAGGUGAAGGACGAGGACGCGCUGCUUGAGCGGAAGAAGAAGGAGCGAGAGGAGAAGGCAUUCCGGGACGCCUACCGCAACGCGCGCAUGGAGAAGCAGCUGCAGGAGAUCGCAAAGAAGGAGGGCAAGGUCUACAUUCCGCCCGUCUGA